AUGGCUUUGAUUGAGUCAAAAACAGAAGUUAUACAUUGUUUAACGUCCCGGAGAAAACACGGGCAGCGCCCGUGUUUCAGAAGCCUCCCGAAGGGCAUGGAGACGUGCUACGCUGGAGAGAUUUCUAUGUACACAGAGAGAGAGAGAAAACAGAAUCCAGGUGGCAACCCUUGA